CCCCAAAGUACGCAGGACACCAUGUUGCUGAACAGCUUUGGGCCACGCAUGAUAGUCAACAAUCCCAUGCCCCCCGUGUCUGUGUCUGUGGUAACUAAUGUGACUAAAUCUCUGGCACAAGUUGUGCCCACCAUUGGCAUUAACCACACUGUAUUCAGCGCCCAGCAGCUCAUUAACUCGCAGCAGAGCACUGCGCAAAUUAUAAACACAGCUGGUGCACCCCCUGGAACCCAUGUGAUAAACUCUUCACCUCAAGGGCCACAACUGGUCAGCUCGGCACCUCAGGGGACGCAGUUUGUGAAUCCCUCUGGACAGGGUGCACAACUUGUCAACAACACAUCUCAGGCUACCCAGUUAAUGAAUGCUCUGUCUGUACAAAGUCUGAACAACCAACUGCUGAUUACCAACCCGAUCCAACAGGUUUCUCCUUCAAAUUCUCUGUCUCAGCUCUCUCCAGCCAUGGCGGCUCAGCUGUUGGCCCAGGGGCAGCAGCAAUUACAACAAAUGUCCCCUUCAUUUUUGCAAAGUCAAAUUCAAAAGCAGACCCAAAACUCUAUGCUUGGUGGCCAAAAUAUGUUUGCUAGUGUUUCCCUUCCAACUUUGACUGUGACCUCUGACCACUGUGAUGUCAUAGCCAGCUCCAUCCCCCAGAGCAGCUUGAUCAGCAGCAUUCAGAACAGUCAGAGACCUGAAGAUCAGAUGGAUAAGUCUGAUUUAUCUAACAUGAAGGACCCCAUGGGGAAUCCUUCAAUGUAUGCUUCAACAAGCCAGCCUCUGUUUGUCAUACCCCAGGGUAAUGCCAAUCCAGUAAUGCAAGUCAUAGGCACCCCGCAACAGCUCAGCUCUGCACAGGGUCUGUCGGCGGAUAUGAACAACAUCUCCCAGAUCUUCAAUCCAAUCAGCAUACAGCAGAUGAUGAACACUGUCAGUCUUGGCGGGGUACAUCAGCAGCACCAGCAGCCGUUUCAAAUACUUCAACUACAACAGCUGUUGCAGCAGAUUCAAAACCAAGGUCAGAACCUUCAUGGGAUUUCUCUUCCACUGAAUCAGAGCUCCAGCCCUAGCCAGGCCACCCUGGGACCUCAGACUGUUGUAGUUCCACAACAGAGCCUUCAGCUGAAUUCAGUCAUGGAUAUAAACACUCUGCACUCCAGCCUGUCCCCAGUGGCCCAAGGUUACCAGAAUCAACUGUCACCGGCCGCAGCCCAGCUUCAGCACAUCUCGUCGGCUCUCACCGUCCAUCAGGUGACCCCAGUUAACACCGGCGGGGCUGUUGGCGUCAUACACAACACUGGAGUCCAAGGCUUGAUCCAGGCUCCUCCCAAAAGCCUGUCCUCUGUAGUAGCAACAGUCCAGCAGUCUCAGCAGAUAGCCACAGACCAGGUAAAUUCCAUUAACAAAACCCAAACCAUAACUCCCUCAGGUAUCAUGACCCAGGAAUCCAGUGGUCCAUCAGCCUCGGUACAAACUUCGAUAAAUAACGCUUCUAAAAUCUCAUCUGUUUCUAACGCAGGAACAAAGCUAUUACAUUCGGGUAAAUCAUCUAAAUCUAAAUC